AUGAAAAAGAGCCGGCUCUUCUAUUACUCCCUGUUGACGGGGUUGGCAACGACUGGGUCGUUGGCACACAAUAUAAUCGAUAAUCGGAGCAAUUCUGGUUUCCAAGAUGCGGGAGACGGCCUCCAGGUAGCCAGGACGGUGCUGUGGGAAAAGGUUGAAUAUGUUGUCGUGGCGAGGGAGGCAACCCCGAGGAGGAAUAUACUGGAGAGGGUGGUGCCAGAACCUACCGCAGCAUUAGAGGGUGCGGCCGUGGUCUUGAGGUCUCCAGCGCCGACAGCUGCUCCUCGAAAACGACAAGAUGACGGCCAGAUUCAAGCAUUAUCCGGACAAAUACAACAGCUCUCCAUCUCCUUCUCGUCAGCAUCGUCCGCAAGCCAGUCCAUCUCGCAAUCGGCUCAACAAGUUCAACAAUCCGCCGACCAAGCGUCUCGGGAAAACAGCCAAGCACUGUCGCGGACACAAUCAUCGGCAUCCAGCGCCGUCUCGCAAGCCAGCCAGCAGGCCAAUGAUCGGAUCAACCAGGCAAGCUCUUCGAUGAGCAGUCAGAUUUCUCGCAACCUGGCGAGCGUGCAAUCGAGCGCGAGUAGUGCCGUCAGCGUCGCUCAAGCCUCGGCCAGCGCAAGCAUGGCCAGCGCCGUCAAUGUCGCCAUGAGCCAGCUUCAAGCAGCUAGAGCUGAGGCGACUGCCGUGAGGAGCGACGCAAACAAUUUUGCCGAUCAGGUUCAGAAAAAUGCAAUCUCAACAACAAACCUGGCCAUCAUUGUGGCCGUAUCUGUGAGUGGUGCCGUUGUGCUCACUUCCAUCAUUGUCUGCAUCUUUUUGCGAUACCGGCGCAGGAAGAGAGAAGCUCGCGACGGCGCAUCUCUGCGGCAGGAUGAGAAAGAGUAUGACAAGCCAAUUGCUGUCCGCGGCUCCGUCGGCGGAUCAAGAUUCAACCCCUUUGGAAGUGGCAGUUCUGCCAGGGACAAGUUCAAGUUACCCAACUUCAGCCCGCCCUCGGCUAGAAAAGAUGAACCGCUCAAUUUUGGAUUUGCCAUGAGCGAUUACAGCGAUUUGAAAGAGGCACCAGUGAUCCAAGAGGUGCCCAGGGAAAAACCUGCCGCCUUCCGCCUGCAAAAACCGCCCAAUGUCAAGAGCGCCGAGGCUGUGCGGGUGAUUCGGGUGAACAGCAAGAAAGGCAAGGAGCCCAUGACUGCAGAUGACGCAGAUCAAAGCACAGACAUGCCCGCCCCAAAUCCAACAGAGCCCAAUCUGCAGAGGAGCAAGUCACAGGUAGCCAGAAAGCCAGUUGGAACUGUUGUUGCUGCUGUUGCCGCCGCCUCUGCUCCCAAUUCCACCCCUACUCCUGCCCCAGUUCCUUCUGCCACCACGGAUGAGUGGCCAAGUGUGAUGAAGGAAACGACAAAAGAGCCCCCAGCGUCAGCGACAAGGGACAGCACACGCGAUACCUUCAUGUCUGAGAAUGGCGCCAGAACGCGGGCAAGCAGUCGCUAUACCAUGUUGUUGAUCGCCUCGUCAGAAGGUCCGCCAAAGUCGGCAAGAGAUAGCAGACGCAACACAAUGGCCCCUCAGCCCAUUGCCGAGAGCGACGAGCCCGGGUGGAGACCCCCGAGCAACCGGACCUCUCGCGCGGCCUCGACCAAAUCGGUCAACACCACGGCCCAGCGCCUGGCGUUCCGGGACUCGGGGGAUCCGAUCCCGGAGCCCGACGACACGGGAUUCAAGCAACCCCGGGGCGGCUUCAGCAUGGCCAGCGUUAGCAGUCUGAUGCGCAGCGACAGUUAUGCCGCCGGGGGUGGCCUAGGCCCCGCGGGUGCUGCUGCAAUGGACGGCCGGCAGCCGACCAUGCCCAAGCUGCUGCCCAAGGGGCCGAGACCGGGACCGAGCUUUGCGGCGUUUCCGACCGUGAGGAACGGACCGCCGAGCGGUAUUCUCAAUCGGCCGCGGCCGGCGCUGGUGGGUAAGAUUCGAGAGGACGCUGAGCGGAGGGCUAGGGAUAAGCAGGCUCAGAGGUAG